AGUCACUCACCCCGUGCAUUCAGCCGCCCGCAGGCUUGCGGGGAAACUUCCUUAUUAUUGUGACGCCGAAAACCGAGAAACCCCAAGCCGGGCCGGAGGGGCUGGCACCUUCGGGAUCCCGAGCGGCGUUUAGGUGGGGCGGCGGAGGCCAAGAUCUGUAAGGUGAGCUGCAAUACUCCUGGCCUCUAGUUCCAAUGUCAAGUAUCUGACCUGUGGCUACAUGACAUCCUGAAGGAUACGAACAAUGUUAUGUUGGGGAUAUUGGUCUCUGGGCCAGCCUGGUAUCAGUACCAACCUGCAGGGGAUAGUGGCAGAGCCACAGGUGUGUGGCUUCAUAUCUGAUAGAAGUGUCAAGGAAGUUGCCUGUGGCGGAAACCACUCUGUUUUCCUGCUGGAGGAUGGGGAAGUGUAUACCUGUGGUUUGAACACCAAGGGACAACUGGGCCAUGAGAGGGAAGGAAACAAACCUGAGCAAAUUGGAGCUUUGGCAGAUCAACACAUUGUCCAUGUGGCAUGUGGUGAGUCCCACAGUCUGGCCCUCAGUGACCGGGGCCAGCUCUUUUCUUGGGGUGCAGGGAGUGAUGGACAGCUCGGGCUCAUGACCACUGAGGAUUCCGUAGCAGUACCUAGGUUAAUACAAAAGCUGAACCAGCAGACAAUAUUACAAGUUUCCUGUGGCAACUGGCAUUGCUUGGCUCUUGCAGCUGAUGGGCAGUUCUUCACUUGGGGAAAGAACAGCCAUGGUCAGCUAGGCCUGGGGAAGGAGUUCCCUUCCCAAGCCAGCCCACAGCGGGUACGGUCCCUGGAGGGGAUCCCGCUGGCUCAGGUGGCUGCAGGUGGGGCCCACAGCUUUGCCCUCUCUCUCUCUGGAGCUGUUUUUAGCUGGGGGAUGAAUAAUGCAGGACAGCUAGGACUCAGUGAUGAAAAAGAUCGAGAGUCUCCCUGUCACGUGAAGCUCUUACGAACACAGAAGGUUGUGUAUAUAAGUUGUGGAGAAGAACACACAGCAGUCCUCACAAAGAGUGGAGGUGUGUUUACCUUUGGUGCUGGUUCCUAUGGACAACUUGGACAUGACUCCAUGAAUGAUGAAGUUAACCCAAGAAGAGUCCUAGAGCUGAUGGGCAGUGAAGUAACUCAGAUUGCUUGUGGCAGACAACACACCCUAGCCUUCGUGCCUUCUUCUGGUCUCAUCUAUGCAUUUGGCUGUGGCUCAAGAGGACAGUUAGGUACUGGACACACCUGUAACGUGAAGUGCCCAUCUCCUGUGAAGGGCUACUGGGCUGCACAUAGUGGUCAGCUUUCAGCAAGAGCUGAUCGUUUCAAAUAUCAUAUCGUUAAGCAAAUCUUCUCUGGAGGAGACCAAACUUUUGUGCUUUGCUCCAAAUACGAGAAUUAUUCUCCUGCCGUUGACUUCAGGACUAUGAAUCAAGCACAUUAUACCAGUUUAAUAAACGAUGAAACUAUAGCAGUUUGGAGACAAAAACUCUCGGAACAUAACAACGCAAAUACAAUCAAUGGUGUUGUUCAGAUAUUGUCUUCUGCAGCUUGUUGGAAUGGAAGUUUUCUUGAGAAAAAAAUUGAUGAACAUUUUAAAACAAGCCCCAAAAUCCCUGGGAUUGACCUGAACUCAACUAGAGUGUUAUUUGAGAAGUUGAUGAACUCUCAGCACUCCUUGAUUCUAGAGCAGAUCUUAAACAGCUUUGAAAGUUGCCUGAUUCCCCAGUUAUCAAGUUCCCCGCCAGAUGUUGAAGCAAUGAGAAUCUAUUUAAUACUUCCUGAGUUUCCCCUGCUCCAGGAUUCCAAGUAUUACAUAACAUUGACUAUUCCUUUGGCCAUGGCUAUUCUACGGUUGGAUGCAAACCCCAGCAAAGUAUUAGAUAACUGGUGGUCUCAGGUAUGCCCAAAAUAUUUCAUGAAGCUGGUAAACCUCUAUAAAGGUGCAGUCGUUUAUCUACUGAGGGGAAGAAAGACAUUCUUAAUUCCUGUACUGUUUAACAAUUACAUUACAGCAGCUCUUAAGCUCUUGGAGAAAUUAUAUAAGGUAAAUCUUAAAGUGAGGCAUGUGGAAUAUGAUACAUUUUACAUUCCUGAGAUUUCUAAUCUCGUAGACAUUCAGGAAGACUACCUCAUGUGGUUCUUGCAUCAAGCAGGGAUGAAGGGCAGACCAUCAAUAAUACAGGAUGCUGUAACACUUUGUUCCUACCCUUUUGUAUUUGAUGCCCAAGCCAAGACCAAAAUGUUACAGACAGAUGCUGAACUACAGAUGCAGGUGGCAGUCAAUGGAGCCAAUCUGCAAAAUGUCUUCAUGCUUCUUACCCUGGAGCCUCUGCUGGCCAGAAGCCCCUUCCUGGUCCUUCAUGUUCGCAGGAACAACCUCGUUGGAGAUGCUCUAAGAGAACUGAGCAUUCAUUCCGACAUUGAUUUGAAAAAACCUCUCAAAGUAAUCUUUGAUGGUGAAGAAGCAGUGGAUGCUGGUGGUGUUACGAAGGAGUUCUUUCUUUUACUCUUAAAAGAACUUUUGAAUCCCAUUUAUGGGAUGUUUACCUACUAUCAAGAUUCAAAUCUCUUGUGGUUUUCAGAUACGUGUUUUGUAGAGCACAACUGGUUUCACUUGAUUGGCAUCGUCUGUGGACUAGCUAUCUACAACUCCACUGUGGUUGAUCUGCACUUCCCAUUGGCUCUUUACAAGAAGCUACUGAAUGUGAAGCCUGGUUUGGAAGACUUAAAGGAACUGUCACCCACUGAAGGAAGGAGUCUUCAGGAGCUGUUAGAUUACCCUGGAGAAGAUGUGGAAGAGACUUUUUGCCUCAACUUCACAAUCUGUCGAGAAAGCUAUGGAGUGAUUGAACAGAAGAAACUGAUUCCUGGGGGAGAAACGGUGAAUGUGUGUAAGGAUAACAGGCAAGAGUUUGUGGAUGCUUACGUGAAUUAUAUCUUCCAAGUCUCAGUCCACGAGUGGUACACAGCCUUCUCAAGCGGUUUCCUCAAAGUGUGUGGUGGCAAAGUCCUCGAACUCUUCCAGCCUUCAGAGCUGAGGGCCAUGAUGGUGGGAAACAGCAACUACAACUGGGAGGAACUGGAAGAGACUGCCAUCUACAAGGGUGAUUACUCAGCCACACAUCCCACUGUGAGACUAUUUUGGGAAACGUUUCAUGAGUUUCCACUGGAAAAGAAGAAAAAAUUUCUCUUGUUCCUGACAGGCAGCGAUAGGAUCCCCAUCUACGGCAUGGCGAGCCUGCAGAUUGUUAUCCAGUCCACAGCCAGCGGGGAAGAGUACUUGCCGGUGGCUCACACUUGCUACAACCUUCUUGACCUUCCCAAGUACAGCAGCAAAGAAAUCCUGCGUGCUCGGCUGACACAGGCCCUUGACAACUACGAAGGGUUUAGUUUGGCCUAGGUUCCCCAGCUUGCCCCAUUUCCCUUCUUCCCUCAUUGUCCACAUUGAGGCCUAUAUAAAAAAAAUCAUGGGGAGUGAUUUCUAUUUUUUUAUUGUAUAAGUGUGUUGGGACUUUUAAAUCCUGAGCCUGGUUGAUGUGGUUUUUAGGAUUGUAAGCAGUAAGACAGCUUUAUUGGCAAAGUUGGGGUGGAGGAUGGGGCAGAUCAUUAACUCUUGUCUUGGAGUUCUUUUUUGGUUUUUAACCAACUGCCAGUGUUCUUGCACCUGUAAAUCCGUUGCACCCUGCUGCAUCACGUGGCAGUGGUUCCUUAAGCUCUCCUCAUCUUUCCUCACCAUGCUUCCCUAGCCUCCUCUUCACUUCUCAUUCCUCUGCAAGGGUGAUUUUGACCCAUCUGUCCCUUCUCCCUGUGCAUGCAAACUCCUCUCUGGCCCCCUGGAAAUGGCCUGGCUUUGUGGCACCCUAUUCUCUUAACCCAAAGGAGCCAAGGACCAUUUCAGAAACUCCCAAGUCCAAAAGCCCACAUCUGAGUCCAUUAUUUUGACUGAACUUUGAAGAAUUUAUAAGAGCCUUUAUGAACACACCCUGCUUUUUCCAAAACAAAACAAAAGUUCUUGAGAAACACAAAGUCUUUCUAUGCCGGUGCCUAGUUCCUGGACCUCCUUAAAAACAUGCCAAGCAGUUUAGAAUAAUGGCUCAGCCCGAUUUUGUUACUCAGCUGUGCCCCUUAGACAGUGAGGUAAAGUGACAAGUCUGCCCCCCUGUCUGUUAUCUCACUUUUGGAGACAAUUGAUUAUUUUAAAAAAAUACUCUCUUCUACAAGGAAAAGAGUAAAUUUCUUGUCACUUUCCCUGUAAGUUUGUAGCUCACACUAAUUUUUUUUCCAUCUCUCAUUUUUUCCUUCCUAUUCUCUUUCCUCCAUUCCUUUAAUUUCCUCUCCUUGCUUCAUCCUGUUCUUUGCUCCUUGACCAAUACACCUUCACCUCCUCCUAGUGGAUGCAUGCUGUCUAUUUUUUUUUUUUAAUUUCUAUUUAAAUUGAAAAAUUUCUAUUCAGUUUUUUUUUGGUUCCUCUUCCCUAAUUGCUAAGACUUAAGACUAUUCUUUAAUAUGGGACUUUUGUUUAUCAGAUUUGAAUUGUUUGUUUACAGUGGGACUUGGGGGGGAUUGUGGUUAAAUCAAAAUAUAUGUAUCUCUAUAAUAAUGACAUGCUUGACUUUCUUCAUCAUGGGAUAAGAAAAUUCUACAUGAUCAAAGAACCCAUGUCAGCCUAAUUUUAAAUUCCUAGUAACUAGAGAAAAGACUUAUUUAUAUAAAAUGAAGUAUUUAUGAACCAUGAUACAGCAACAAAUCUCAAUGAAGGAUUAUAGAUUUUUGCUUUCUCUUUUUGUUUUGUAAACUUAUUCCAAUUGCUAAAUUGGUAGUUUUUCAGUCUUUAUAAUACAAGAUUUAAAAAAAAGAUAUACAGUUAUAUGAAAUGUUUAUUUUCUAUGUGUGUGCAAAUAGUUCAAUAUUAUGCAAUAAAUUUGGUGUUUUAACUUAAAUCU